AUGGAAUGUGGCACAUGUAGAUACUUUUCUGGUCAAGAUAUUGAAACUCUGCUGACUUGGCUACCCGUGAAUACAAAUGAAGAACCAACUACUACACUGUUACCUUGCGUGAAUACCAAGAAUCCAUGUACUACUGAUGAAGACAAAUCAUAUCGAAAGAACAAUGAUAAUACACAUAGAUUGGAUAGUACAACAAAGAACAGAGUGUUUCUUGUGAAAUGGAAGGAUAUAUCUUACCGACAUUUGGACUGGGUACCUGAAACAUGGCUUGCUGGUGUGUCUCCAAUGAAGUACAACAAUUAUUUAAAAAAACACUAUGAUCAAUAUCCUAUCAAAGUGGAGGAUGCUGUACCAUUCUAUUGGAAAGUAAUUGACCGAGUAUUAGAUACAAAGCAAUCACAAAGUGGACAUGUCAAGAUGGUGUUUGCAAAAUUUCGAGGAUUGGCCUAUGAUCAAGCAUGUUGGGAUACUCCACCCUUCGAGGCACAGUUGACAGCACCCUAUCAUGAAGCAUUAAGACGCUAUCGGAUGAUGGACAGUAUCAAACCAGUAAACGAAAUGAAGGAACAUAUCUCCAUAUUAAGAUCAAAACUAAGAGCAGAUGAUUUUGGUCGUCUACGUGAAUUGAAAAAGCAGCCGGAUUAUGUUACCAAUGGAACAAUUUUACCUCAUCAAUUGGAUGGAUUGAAUUGGCUUAUCUAUCAAUGGGAACAACAACAACCUUGUAUCUUAGCAGAUGAUAUGGGACUUGGCAAGACCAUUCAAAUAGUUACAUUUUUGGAUUAUCUUUUCAAUGAAUACAAUAUAUAUCCAUUCCUCGUAGUAGUUCCCAAUAGCACAGUGACAAACUGGAUACGUGAAUUCAACAAAUGGGCUCCUGAUUUGGUAGUGGCUCCUUACUUUGGUUCUUCAACCAGCAGAGAUAUGGCAAGAAAAUACGAAAUAUUCCGUCAUGGUCAACAGCGAAAUCAAAUUAGCUGUCACGUGGUUAUGAUGACCUAUGAAUCAGCAUUAAGUGGUAUUCGAUACUUCAAAAACUUGGAUAUUUGGCCUUACCUCAUAGUGGACGAAGCACAACGACUGAAAAAUAUGGAGAGUCAACUCUUCCUCAAGCUUGCAGAACUCAAUACUGACAAUAGGAUAUUACUUACAGGAACACCGUUACAGAACAAUAUUGAGGAACUUUUUAACAUUAUGCAUUUUAUCGCUUCAUCUAAAUUUCGUGAUAUCGAUGCACUUACAGAAUACUAUAGGGAAUUCACUCAGGAUUCAAUUCAGGAAUUACACCGAAAGUUGAAACCUUACUUCCUCCGGCGAACCAAAGAAAUGGUGCUUGUCGACUUACCACCCAAGAAAGAAAUCAUUGUACCAAUCUCUAUGACCAGUCUACAGAAAGAACUUUACAAGGAAACAUUGACAAAGGGCACCAAGAUUCUGGCUCAACUUCAAAAGCAAUCCAGGGGAAAAAUCAAUAAUAAAGAAAUCAAGAAAUCAGGGAUAAACUACAACAAUAUACUUAUGAUGCUUCGAAAAAUCCUCAACCAUCCUUACCUCAUUCCUGGUGUGGAAAUUCCUCAAGAGACUCAAAGUGCGACACAACAAGCAAUGAUAGAUGCAAGUGGGAAAUUGAAAUUAUUGAAGUUAAUCCUUCCGAAGCUCCGGGCACAAGGACAUCGUGUACUUUUAUUCUCAACAAUGGCUAUAGCUUUGGAUAUAUUGGAAGAUUACCUAGUAGGGGAAGGGAUCAAAUUUGUGCGAAUAGACGGAAAUACUCCACAACUACAACGUGUUACUAAUAUGGAUAUAUUCAAUGCUUCUGAUUCCGAUGUCGAUGUAUUUUUAUUAACAAGUCGUGCUGGUGGUGUUGGAAUCAAUUUGGCAACUGCCGAUACGGUGAUCAUCUACGAUUCGGAUUAUAACCCACAUGUUGAUUUACAAGCAAUUAGCCGUGCUCACAGAAUGGGUCAAAAGUCUCCUGUCUUGAUCUUACGUUUUGCAACAAGAUUAUCGGUGGAAGAAAGUAUUUUGAACAAGGCCAAGAAAAAAAUGGUAUUGGAUCAUUUAGUGGUGGACAAGAUGGAUGAAGAAGAAAUAGAACCAGAUGAUAUCGAAUCUAUUGUGAAGUUUGGACUCAAAGCUCUCUUUGAUGAAGAUGAUGGACCUGAAGAUAUCGUCUAUGAUUCUGCUGCUGUGGAUGAACUACUGGAUCGUGAUGCUCAAUUUAAAGCUGAUACACCAUCAUCGUCAACAACCGACACUAUGGACCCUGCUACCGAUGAUACUACGAAGGACAAAAAAGAAAAUGGAUUCAUGUCUUUCUCGUUUGCGAAGAUCUGGCAGAAACAAAAGGGUCCUGUGGAUGCGCAAAAUGACAAUUUGAUGCAAGUGAAUGGCGAAGAAAACCAAGGAAAACCCGAUAAUGCAGAUGAUGACAAUGUGUGGGAACGACUUCUGGCAAAAAAUAGAGAAGCUUUAGAAGAAGAAAAACUACAACAAGCAGAAAAACUAGGACGUGGUGCUCGACAAAGAAAAGUGAUUGUAAAGUUCUCCAAAAAAAAAAAAAAAAAAAAAAAAAAAGUGCUACUUUUACUUACUUUCUUUUUAUCAUAG